AUGGCCGAGUGGUCUAAGGCGCCAGACUCAAGAGCGUCGCUCUUUCCCUGCUGGGGGAUUUCUGGUCUCCAGAUGGAGGCGUGGGUUCAAAUCCCACUUCUGACAAGCCGCUCUUUUCCUCGGCGAUAUAUUCUAGCCAUCGUUUCUACCAACAGCUCUCCUUCCUCCUUGCAGGAAUUUCAAAGUUUUUUUUUCUUUCCUCCAAAAUCGAAGUUUCAAGUUUCACCUUUCUAUCUCAAGGGCGUGUCGCUCCGGCAGCUCAGUCAUCCAGGUGGUGAAGAUCCUGUACGGUUAAAAUGCGCAACAUUCGCCCAUACUCCUCUCAGCAGCGGCAGCAUCUGCGCUGUGUUUGCAACUACUGGGGUCGGUGACCCCCCCGCCGGAGCUGCUUCAGGAAGACACAAGAAGUGCAUCAUUCUCCUCCAGUCAGGGGGGGCUGUGCACCCACCGAAGAUGGAGCGGCUCGCAGCUUGGUUUACACCACAGAGUUUCGGUUCCGAUUCUGCAUUUGACAUGCCGUCUUCUCUUUCAGAAUAG